AUGUAUGCCAAGAGCAAAGAUGCAGUUCAACAGCCAAAACAGAGUGAUAUCACUGGUAACAUCAUCAUCUACACCCUUCUAGGGCUUUGCAUUUUGCUCAGCCUCUUCAUCAUCAUCGGUUUCUUUGUCCUAGCUAAGCCACUUGAAGCACGCUUAACAUCUGUGGCUGUAACAACCCUCAAGUACAAUGAUACAGCAUCAUCAUCAUCACCUUAUUUCAACGCAACACUAGCUAUGGAGAUCAGAAUUGAGAAUCCAAACUUCGGCUUCUUUGAGUUUCCAACUGGUACAGGAGAUAUCUUGUACAACGGUCGUGUUGUUGGUGAAAUGAAGAUUAAUGGACAACGAGUGGGUUCAUACAGUGCUGUAAAAACAAAGGCUAGGACACAAGUGAGUUAUAGAGAGGAUCAGGCACCAUCUGUUUGGUUCAAGAACGAUGUAAAGAGAGGGUUGGUUAUCCUCAAGGUCGGAGCUAAACUGAGAGGUGAAGUGCACUUGGGGGUUUUGAACAAGAGAAGUGUGAAUUUGAAGUGUUUGAUGUAUCUUAAUCUGGUAGAUGAAGUGAUUCAACGUUUGUGGUGUAAAUGA